AUGCUUUCUCCUACCGGGAAAGUGGAGGGGAGUGAAGUACCAGCUUGGAUUUCCAGAACUCUAAAAAGCUUACAAGAGCUUGACAUUACAUUGGAAAUUCUUGUGGGAACCGGAGUAGGCAAAACCGUAAAUGGCUUCCGAAAACAUACUGAAGUGGGAGACUUUGCUAAAUCUAUUGUUCUUCAGUGGAAGAAGUUGGUUCCUGAGGUUAUUGAAAAUGAUGAGAAGUCAAUGCCUAAGCAUGAACCGAAAGAGACUAUAGAAAGAAAGCAGUCGAUUUUAAAGCUGAAGAAAAAAGAAGCCGUAGUGGAAAAGGUGUUGAAUUCAGAAGGCAAUAAUCACUGGAGUGAAGAGCUACCUGAAUCUCAGACCACAAAAAAUAAAUCCAAUAAAACAAAGAAAAUCAAAGAGUAUGAAAAGAAACCUGAAUCUAAAGAGAUGAAACCGAAAAAGGAUCCACAAGGCAAAGAAGACGAAGAAGAAAAAGCUCACUCAAAUUUUCACUCAAAAGGUGAAAAGUCAAAAAGGGUCCAUUUCUCUGAGAAAAGGACUGAAAAAUAUUCUCAUUCAUCUAACAAUGAAAAGAAACAUGUCUAUACAAAGAAUAAAGAGAGCCCUCCCAAGCACAGCAGGCAUAAUAAAAAUAAUGAAAGUCGCAACAGCUUCCAGCCAAGUGUGGAGAAAACGGCAGAGACUUUGCCCAGUGAGGAAUUUGAGACUCCCAGUAUGUCAUUUGAGUCCUAUCUCAAUUAUGACCAAGCCUCCAGUAAGAGGAAAAAUAAAUCCUACUUGACAAAUGAACCUCCUAAUAAGGUACAGGUAUGCAACCAGUACUGCAAAAUGAAGCGGUCCAGUUCUGAACUGCAAAAAAGUCCAAAAAAGAAAAAAGAGGAACAGGUUGAUGAAACAGAUACCAAGAAGAGAUGUUUGGAAGAUUUACUUAGUAUACCACUACCAAAAUUUCUACCAGACUUCUCUAUGCUACCUUCUCCACCAUAUGCCGGUGAAAGUAAAGGGAACAUACCAGAGCCUGUGUCUGAAAUAAGUCCUGAAACAAGUGGUUUUACUGGAAAGCGUCUAAAUUCUAAGAUGUUGGUGUACUCUGGUUCCAAGACCAUUUAUCUUCCGAAGAUGCUUACACUAUACCAGCAAUGUAUACGUGUGCUUCAAAACAAUAUUGACUCCAUCCAAGAAGUUGGAGGUGUACCGUUUGAGAUCCUUCAGCCAGUUCUUGAGCGCUGUACUCCGGAGCAGCUUAAUCGCAUUGAAGAAUGUAAUCCAGACUUUAUGGAGGAAUCUGACAACCUGUGGAGGAAACACUGUGAAAAAGACUUUAAAGGUCACCAGCUCUUAGAAUACGAGUCUUGGCGAGAGAUGUAUUUAAGGCUCUUCAGUGCAAGAGAGGAAAAGUUGAAAAUGAUAACUCAAAAUAUCAGUUCAACAUAUUCUGGAAAACCUAAAGGUCGACAAGUAAAACUCGCUUACAUUCAUGGGGCAGCCAAACCUCCCAGAUAUAUCCGUCGCAAACAGGAGAUUAAUGGAACAGCUGUAACUAUUGUACAGCCUCAUCCAGUGGAGAAACUCAAGUUGCAAAAAAUAGAGUCAAAAGAACCGAGUAUUUCGAAUACAAUUGUUCCUGUGAGUAAUAGCCAGCAUGGAGGGCCAAGCCAAGACACAAAAAAGACUAUAAAGAAAAUUGCACCAAUGAUGGCCAAAUCCAUGAGAGCUUUCAAGAACAGGGUAGGGCCAAGAUGA